CGGUGCUUGUUCACAUCACGCAAGCUCUCUCGUCUCCUGGUACCGUGGAUUCUCUUACCUGCACCUGAGAAUAUAUAUCGUCAGUCUACUAGCAGCGCAACACCUAGUCUGACCCUAGGCUCAGCUGGUUCAACACCGAGUGAGCAGUGGCGUCAGAGAACAACUCCACUUCGACUAACUGGACGUCGGCCGCUGAUAUUGUGGCCAACUUGACAGUACUGUGUUACUACAGUAAUAUUUCACCAUGGAUGAUGCAUUUACUAAGCCCUGGGAGGAUGUGGCAGAGUACUUCAGGGUUGACCCUGAAAGAGGCCUUGCGAUGGAGCAAGUCAGGAGUAAUCAGGAAAAAUAUGGCCCUAAUGAACUCCCGGUCGAGGAAGGCAAAUCCCUACUUCAACUGAUUUUAGAUCAAUUCGACGACCUUUUAGUUAAAAUUCUAUUGAUGGCCGCUAUUAUCUCGUUUGUUCUGGCAUUGUUUGAAGAACACGAAGACGAGCUUGACCAGUUGACUGCUUUCGUGGAACCUUUUGUUAUUCUUCUGAUUCUAAUUGCCAAUGCAAUUGUCGGUGUCUGGCAGGAACGUAAUGCCGAAUCUGCAAUUGAAGCUUUGAAAGAAUAUGAACCCGAAAUGGGAAAAGUUAUCCGAUCGGACAAAGCUGGUGUUCAGAAAAUCCGCGCCCGGGAGAUCGUUCCUGGAGAUAUCGUGGAAGUUUCUGUUGGUGACAAAAUUCCUGCUGAUAUCCGUAUUAUCAAGGUUCUGUCGACCACCAUCCGUAUUGAUCAGUCUAUUUUGACUGGUGAAUCGGUUUCGGUAAUCAAGCACACUGAACCUGUGCCAGAUCCCAGGUCUGUCAAUCAGGACAAAAAGAACAUCCUUUUCUCUGGCACUAACGUUGCCGCUGGUAAAGCUCGCGGUAUUGUUAUUGGCACUGGGUUGAACACUGCCAUCGGCAAGAUUCGUACGGAAAUGUCUGAAACCGAAGAAAUCAAGACCCCCCUUCAACAAAAGCUGGAUGAAUUUGGAGAACAAUUGUCUAAGGUCAUCUCCGUCAUUUGUGUCGCUGUUUGGGCUAUCAAUAUCGGCCACUUCAAUGAUCCGGCUCAUGGUGGAUCAUGGAUCAAGGGCGCCAUCUAUUAUUUCAAGAUUGCCGUUGCUUUGGCUGUGGCUGCUAUCCCUGAAGGUCUUCCUGCCGUUAUUACCACUUGCUUGGCUUUGGGUACGCGUCGUAUGGCCAAGAAAAAUGCCAUUGUGCGAUCGUUGCCCUCCGUGGAAACUCUUGGUUGCACCUCUGUCAUCUGCUCCGAUAAGACCGGCACACUGACCACCAACCAGAUGUCUGUCAGCCGUAUGUUUGUAAUUGACAAAAUGGAAGAGGAUGGAAAUCCUCUGUUGCACGAGUUUGAGAUCUCUGGCUCAACCUACGAGCCUAUUGGUGAGGUUAGCAUGGACAGCAAGAAGAUCCGCCCUGGCGAUUACGAGACUUUGCACGAAAUAACCACUAUCUGCAUGAUGUGCAACGACUCCUCAAUCGAUUUCAACGAGCACAAGCAAGCAUUCGAAAAGGUUGGCGAGGCCACUGAAACCGCACUCAUCACCUUGGGUGAAAAACUUAACCCCUACAACAUCAGCAAAGUUGGAAUGGACCGCCGUAACGCAGCUAUUGUAGUCCGCCAAGAUAUGGACACCAAGUGGAAGAAAGACUUCACCAUGGAGUUCUCCCGAGACCGUAAAUCCAUGUCUUCUUACUGCGUUCCCCUGAAGAGCACCCGCCUAGGAAAUGGACCCAAAAUGUUUUGCAAAGGAGCGCCCGAAGGUGUCUUGGAUCGCUGUAGCCACGUUCGUGUUGGAGCACAAAAGGUGCCAAUGACUCCGGCUAUUUACAACAAAAUUAUGGAAGUCACUCGACAAUACGGUACCGGCCGUGACACUCUGCGUUGCCUUGCUUUGGCUACCUUGGAUAACCCACCCAAGGUUGCCGACAUGGACAUUUCUGACUCUACCAAGUUCGCCACUUACGAAAACAAUAUGACCUUUGUUGGUGUUGUCGGCAUGUUGGAUCCCCCACGCAAGGAAGUCUUCGACUCUAUCGCACGCUGUCGUGAGGCUGGUAUUCGUGUUAUCGUCAUUACUGGUGACAACAAAGCUACUGCUGAAGCCAUCUGCCGCCGUAUUGGUGUCUUUACUGAGGAAGAGAGCACUGAAGGCAUGUCCUUCUCUGGUCGAGAAUUCGAUGACCUGUCCACCGACGAACAGCGUAAAGCUGUCGCCCGAGCCCGUCUCUUCUCCCGUGUCGAACCUGCUCACAAGUCAAAGAUCGUCGAGUACCUUCAAAGCAUGGAUGAGAUCUCUGCCAUGACUGGUGACGGUGUCAACGAUGCUCCUGCCUUGAAAAAAGCUGAAAUCGGUAUUGCCAUGGGUUCCGGCACUGCCGUCGCCAAGUCUGCUUCCGAAAUGGUUUUGGCUGAUGACAACUUCUCAACCAUUGUCGCCGCCGUGGAAGAGGGUCGUGCCAUCUACAACAACAUGAAGCAGUUUAUCCGCUAUCUCAUUUCCUCCAACAUCGGAGAAGUUGUCAGUAUCUUCUUGACUGCCGCUCUUGGUUUGCCCGAAGCUUUGAUUCCUGUCCAGCUCUUGUGGGUCAACUUGGUUACUGAUGGUCUGCCUGCUACUGCCUUGGGUUUCAACCCUCCUGAUUUGGACAUCAUGAACAAGCCACCUCGCCGUGCUUCUGAAGGUCUCAUCACCGGCUGGCUCUUCUUCCGUUACAUGGCUGUCGGUACCUACGUCGGCGCCGGCACCGUUGGUGCCGCUGCUUGGUGGUACAUGCUUAGCCCCGUCGGACCACAUCUAUCCUACUACCAGUUGAGCCAUCACUUGCAGUGCACUCCUGACAAUGAAGCAUUCAAGGGAAUUGAUUGUGCCAUCUUCCAUGACCCCCAUCCCAUGACUAUGGCUCUUUCGGUCUUGGUCACCAUUGAGAUGUUGAAUGCCUUGAACAGCUUGUCUGAAAACCAGUCAAUGCUGGUCAUGCCACCUUGGUCCAACAUUUGGCUCAUUUCGGCCAUUGCCCUUUCGAUGACGCUCCACUUCAUGAUUCUCUACGUGGAGAUUUUGUCGACUGUCUUUCAGAUUUGCCCACUAACUUUGGAGGAGUGGAUUGCCGUUUUGAAAAUAUCCCUGCCAGUCGUUCUGCUCGACGAGGUGCUCAAGUUCUUCGCCCGCAAAUACAGCGACGGUGAGAAUCCCUUAACACAUUGCCAAUGGAUAGUUUUGUCCUGGGCCCUUUAUGCAGGUCUCUUGUAUCAAUUCCCGCUUUGAUUGGGCGUAUCAUCCCACAUCAGCAGAGAUCAAUCUACCACGAAGGAUUCGCAUUUCUCAUUCCACACUUCUGUCCUCUUUCCCACCAACCGCUCCGAUUCCAUUUGGCUUUUUUCGAAAUUUAGACAUUAAUUUACGAUAAGCCUAUUCCAAUUCUUAAGAGUAUGCAAAAUGGUCACACGGCUACGGCCUCAUAUGAUUAGAUUUAUUUUAGGUAUUAUUACUACUUUUUUUAAAUAAAAAUUUCCUCGUCUUUCCUUGUGAAUUCGUGUGAAUCCCGCGAGACUUCGUUAUGGUCCUUUCCAUUUUCCUGCUAUUUCUCUUCUACCAUGUCCCUACAAUUCAGGUAAGGUAGCAUAAAACAAAGCAUGUGCACUUUUAAUAAGCCCCUUUUCCUGAUUGUAAACCUAAUUUUUCGGAUGGGCGUUCGAAUCGGCUCCAACAAUGUCACUUCAGUUAUUGGUACAGGUAGAAGCUGUUUGGCUCUACUCGUAACAUACAUUCAAAUGCCUGAGUGACUUGUUGGAUUGCUUUCCUCUUCAGAGUUGAACUGCGACUGCCAGACGAUUACCCUAUCUUUCCCCGUGUGUCAAGCCAUUAACCAAAAUUUAAUGCCUCGUUACGUGGGGCGUGUCCGUGCUCUCGCGUGCUCGCCACGCCUGUAUGUAUGUGUAAGUGUGGGCGCGUGCGUGUGUAGUCUGAUGCAGGAUUCGUUCAUUGAAUGAACUCUCUCGUAGCUUAGUCUUUGCCUUGAUUCUGAUUUUCUUUUUUUCUCAUACUCUGGUUUCAUAUACCGUUUCAGACAAUAACGUGAAAAUAUUGAAAACUAAUGCGUUGACUUGUGAUGCAUUCUUGUACAUUCGACCGAACUUUGGAAAAGGAAUACAACUGAAGAAUGGAACCCUCA